AUGGGGAAAGAUAUUUAUAAUUUACAACAAAUUCAAGAAGAAAAAGAAAAGGAUGAUGAAAAGAGUAAGAAUGAAGCAGAUGAGAUAAUUUUAGAAGAAGCAAGGGUAAUAGAACAGAGAAAUCAACAAAGGGCUAAAGCAGCUCGUCAAAAAUUAGAAAAAGCCGGAGAGAAACAAAAAGAUACAACUAAGACCAUGGAGGCACAGGGUGAGAAAAUAAAAACAGCAAAAGGAGCAGCUGUGAGAACAUAUAAGAAAUCCAGGGAGGCUGAAGAGUUAUCUAAACAACUUGAAGAGAAUCAAGGAACUAUGGGGUUUACAUUUCCAGGUUGGAAUAAAGUAAAAGGAUGGGCAAGAACUAAUACAGCUGAAGAUAAAGAAAUAGAACAAUUAUCCAAUCAAAAAGCUGAACAAAACCAGCAAAGCGAUCCUAGUGAGUCUAGUAAUUUAGAAAGUAGUAAAACUGAAGAUGAAUAUGUUGAAGGAGCAAAACAAACAGAUAAAGAACUUAAAGGUAUUUUAGGUAAUUUAAAGUCAAUUAAUGAAGAAACAGAAAAGCAACGAAAGCUAGGAGAAGAACAAAGAACUGACUUGCAAGAUAUAAAUCGUGUGAAUGAGUAUUCAAAGAAAACACAAGAAAAAACAGAUGAAAAGUUAAAAAAAAAUCUUUAA